CAGAUGGGACUCAUCGUCUGGAGUUGUCAUUGUGUAGAAUACCUUUGCGCCAUGAAAGACUGCACGGACCCCCCAAAACAGUCUGGGCUGAGGCGGAACGGAAGGUCUGCAUCCCCACAGCAGCACGAGUCGCUCAGGUGGACCGCACUUGCAAUGGAAACACUCGAGCGCACCUGAGCGCCUCCUCACGAGGCCUGCGCGUGCAUGCACGUGCACACCUCUCCUGGACCUCAUCUGUGAGCUCCUGACUGGAUCGGGGCCAAAGCUGUCUGGUGUCAAACCAGCCUGAACAGAUACUGUGAGACAUCUCAUUCCUGAGCGGCGCUCUGCCCACCCCUCCACGCAGAGCGGUCUGAACCUGAGAGCACAUCCUCUGUCCCCCCCACCAGCAGACGCGCACGCCGCUGGACUCCGCAGCUUCUCCUCCUCAUGCCUCCUCUCAUGUCUGAUCGUGUAGUUCCACUCGCGAAAAUGCUCCUUCCAGACCCCUAGAAGACCCAACUCCGCUUAAUAUGAACUUUGUGAGAAGUGGACUAUGUUUUUAUUUAUCUGCUGCUGUCUGCUGGCUGACGGCCAAGGUCGACGCAUCCUGGUGGUACAUGGGCACCCUGGGCUCCCAGGUGAUGUGCGACAACAUCCCCGGACUGGUGAACAAGCAGCGCCAACUGUGUCGCCAGCACCCCAAGGUGAUGCAGGUCGUGGGCACCGGGAUGAAGGACUGGAUCUUUGAGUGCCAGCAUCAGUUCCGCAGCCACCGCUGGAACUGCAACACGACGGCCCGGGACCACAGCUUGUUUGGACGGCUGCCGCUGCGAGGCACCCGAGAAGUUGCCUUCGUCUACGCCAUCUCCUCAGCCGGAGUGGUCUACACGUUGGCGCGGGCCUGCAGCCAGGGCGAGCUGGAUUCCUGCUCCUGUGAUCCGACGAAGAAGGGCUCAUCGUGGGACGAGAAGGGCUCGUUUGACUGGGGGGGCUGCAGCGACCAUGUGGAGCAUGCCGUUCGCUUCAGCCAAGCCUUCGUAGACGCCAAAGAGAGAAAGGAGAGAGACGCCCGAGCACUCAUGAACCUUCACAACAACAGAGCUGGCAGGAAGGCAGUGAAGCGUUUCAUGACUCUGGAGUGCAAGUGUCACGGUGUUAGCGGCUCGUGCAGCGUCCGUACCUGCUGGCUGGCUUUGGCUGACUUCAGACUCACCGGUGACCACCUGCGCCGGCGGUACAAUGGCGCUGUGCAAGUCACAGUAAACCAGUAUGGAACUGGGUUCACUGCUGCCCACACACAGCUCAAGCACGCCAGCAAGAAUGACCUGGUCUACCUCGAAGACUCUCCAGACUACUGCAUCCGGGAUCAGGAGUCAGGGUCGGCGGGGACAGCUGGGCGGCUCUGCGACCGGAUGUCCCGCGGCAUGGACGGCUGCGAGGUCAUGUGCUGCGGCAGAGGCUACGACACGGCUCGCGUCAGCCGCACCACUAAGUGCGAGUGCAAGUUCCACUGGUGCUGCGCCGUCCACUGCCGCGACUGCCACCAGCAGGUAGACGUGCACACCUGCAAGAGCCAGACAUGACCCGACUGCCGCCGCGAUGCCCUCACCGCUCCUCCUGCUGAGCGACAGGAGCACUCCUUCAAGAAAUCUUCACUUGGUCCUAGAUAGUUCUGCUUCAAACGAUUAUUUUAAUAGUCGACUAUUCUCAGAUUAUUUUUACCGAAUAGUCGACUAAUCGGGUCAUGUGCAAACUGGAUGUAAAGCACACAU